AUGGUUCCAGUAGAGGCAGAUGAUCAUAGUGGGUAUCAAACACCACCACCACCGCAACCGCAAUCGCAGUGUGAUGCUGUUGGUGAUAUUCUCACAAUGAAGUCUCUCUCUCCACACGAUAAAGUGCGAGAGUUUGUUGACCAGCAGCAACAACAACAACAACAUUCUCUCGCAGAUACAAUGGAUGUUCUUCUCUCGGAAGAGUUGCAGGAUACACCAGUGUUGACGGAAUUAACAGAGCCCGUCAGUGAACAGACGGCCACUACUACGGAACCUUUGGAGGGGUCUCAACUGAAAACGAAAAAAAAGAUUAAACCGCAGAAACAACAACAAAUGACCCGCAAGAGAAAACAAGGAACUGAAAAUGGGGAAUGUGAUGAUAAUGAUAAAAUUACCCUUUUUCGACGAUCACAAAAAGCAUUACGAAAAGAAGCACGUCAUGUUAACAUAAAAGAGAUUCUUUGUCGUUCUCUUGGUGGUAUCCCUGAUGCCUCCAGUGAUGUCAGCAAUCCAUUUUCUCCAACAGGUGUAUCUCAGACAUCUUCUACAUGGUCCCCAUCUAUGGCUACAAGUAUCACAAAUCAUUUUCUUUCCAAUGUUCAGCAACAGAAGAAACAAACUUUUGAACGUCUUUUACAAAAAGAAAUGACAAAUUCACAACUUUCCUUCUCUCGUCUCACUCCAGAUGAUGGAAAUUCCAGUGGUGAGGAAAUUGAACUUAUUAUUGGGGAUGAAACAGCCAUUAUGGAACCACCAAACACGGAAAAUGAUAUUCUUAUUAUGGAAGACACAGUCACGUCUACUUCUAUUGAUAAUUCCCUUUUUGGCCACACCACAACUUCACGGGGUUUUGUAGAGAUGGAUGAAGAGGCGGAACAGGCUCAGUCGGAAGCUCUCAUGCGCAAACAUGAACUCUGGCGUCUGCGGCAGAAACACUUGCGAGAAAAACUACGCACAGAAGAGGCUGCCGUUUCACAGGGAAAAAGUGGAGAUCAUCAUCCGUCCUCACGUAUUCCACCAUCAUCAUCAUUAUCAUCUACACCUGCUGUGAUCUCUUCAUCGUCAAUGACAACAACAACAACAACAACAACAACAACAACGGCGGCGGUGCGUGGUUCUACGGCGGAUGUUGAUGGAUCAUUUGAUGUUCUCAUGAUGGCCCAGCGCAGUGUGAUUCAUCGUUCUAACAGUAAUAACACACUUAGAAUUACUGCUGAUCAUAUGGACAUGAUUCGUCGCGCAAAUAAUUUUAAUAAUACCUCUAGUCAGCGGGUAGUUGUAUUUGAGGCAAGAGGCAAAAAUAGAGGAAAUGCUGACUCUUCUUCUUCUUCUGCGGUUGCUGCUGCUACUGCUGCUGGCCUGAGUUCUGAUCAUCACACUACCAUUUAG